CGACGUCGGUUCAACUGUUCAAUUGUUCACCUUCAGAGGCACCAGCAUCCCUCAGAUUCUAUUGCAGUACUGUUCUCUGCCGCUUGCAAUCGACAUCCAGCACAUAUCCCCGGCACCUGUUGCGGAUCUUCUCCGCGGUUCUGCAACCCCCAGGCUAUCCGGCUUCUGUCGCCAAUCCUCCCCCUUCUCAUCCAGCAGCAAGUCUCUAGAAAGCUGCUAUCGGCGCCGGAACAGCUCGACCGCUGCUAGUCAUCAGAGAUAGGGGCUAAGACUUCGUCGUCAACUCUGACCGAUACCCGUCUGGCAGGAUCUCCAACCUCAGCUCUAGUCUGCUCUUUGGACAGCUACUCAGGUAGCCGCCAGCACCCAAGCUGGGCUAUCUGCUGCUCCUGGCACAGCUUCCUUUGCUUCUAUCUCCCCCGGGUUGACUAUGCUCGCCAUGCCGACGACAGGUUUCCAGGCUAUGGGUCCCGGUGGACCUUCCCUCUUUGUGCCCACACAACAGCCUGGGAUCCCCACGUUGGAAACGAUCACAUAUCAACAUAUUCACGAGACGUCUUCUAAAAGGAUAUCAACGUUAGACUAUUUGAGAAAAGCUCAUGAGGGACGAGUAUAUUGGUUCAACACAUUAUUAUUCAACAAGCCUGAUCUACAACGAAUGCCUUCCUUCGAUCCUCGAAAACUGGCUCGGCGGGCAACGAAUUAUCUCCUCCUGGGUCUCUCCCUGCCCACAGCUCUCGAAUUGAAUGGUGUGAAUGCUGUGGAAUACCUGAAGACAUGGAACGCCCUUUUCACAGAGUUCGAGGCUUUCCAGCAAACACAUCCGGAUGGCUCCACAUUAUCACGAGGCAGAUUCCCUCAGAUGUUCAAGCGUGCAACUGUGACGGCGAGCAAGGGACGUCGAUCAAGCGCAGCGUCAGAAAUAGGGCUUCCAAUGGGCAACGAUCAUUCCGACUCGAAGUCCACGAAUGGAAGCGUUUCCGCAGGUAGCUCGAACCAGGUUACCUUGUUUCCAACCAGCGAGAAUGACCUUCUGCCCGGAGAGGAAUAUACACAUCUAUUGACGCCCUCGCUGCCUUUCGAUCCCGAUUUCUAUGAGACAUUCGCAACGCUGUGCGACGUUUUGAUCGAUUGUUAUACGAGACUUAUGGAGUUGGUUUCCUCGCCCCGGGAGUGCAAUCCGGUCGUAGCAGAAAUGUUUACGAAGGCCGAUGCGAGGGUUCGAAAGCUUAUUAUACAAGGUGUGGUGAAAGAAUUUGAGGAGAGCAGUAGAAGCGGAGUGAAGAGCGAAGUGGCUGGCGUUGGGAAAGUCGUGUUGGGCGGUUUGAUGUGAGGAGCACUGCAUAUGAUACCAUGGAAGGCGUUGAUGAGCGAACCUUAUGAUUUAUGGCUGAAAUGAUGGAUGAAGAUGUCAAGGGUGACAUGGCUUGAAGCCGAGCUCUGCUUCGAAGCAUAAUAUAAUGUAAAUUAGAAGUACUCGUCUAUGUACGCAGAGAACCAAAGACGCAGGAAACAGGAAACAAGAAGCCUCCCAAAGUUCAUCAGAUACCAUAACGCAAUUUGUGUCAUCAACGAGUGGCACCGCUUUUACACGGGCACACAUCAGUGCUUGACUCUAUUUUGGUAAUCAUCACCUGAACAAGCUCGAGUCCAGC